ACCCUGGAACCAAUCAGAACGCAGAUAAGAUUCCCACCUGAUGCCUUCAUCAUACCCAGGUUAUCUUCACCAUACCCAGGUUAUCUUCACCAUACCCAGGUUAUCUUCAUCAUACCCAGGUUAUCUUCACCAUACCCAGGUUAUCUUCACCAUACCCAGGUUAUCUUCAUCAUACCCAGGUUAUCUUCACCAUACCCAGGUUAUCUUCACCAUACCCAGGUUAUCUUCAUCAUACCCGGGUUAUCUUCACCAUACCCAGGUUAUCUUCACCAUACCCAGGGUAUCUUCAUCAUACCCGGGUUAUCUUCACCAUACCCAGGUUAUCUUCACCAUACCCAGGGUAUCUUCAUCAUACCCAGGGUAUCUUCACCAUACCCAGGUUAUCUUCACCAUACCCAGGGUAUCGUCAUCAUACCUAGGUUAUCUUCACCAUACCCAGGUUAUCUUCACCAUACCCAGGGUAUCGUCAUCAUACCCAGGUUAUCUUCACCAUACCCAGGUUAUCUUCACCAUACCCAGGUUAUCUUCACCAUACCCAGGGUAUCGUCAUCAUACCCAGGGUAUCUUCACCAUACCCAGGGUAUCGUCAUCAUACCCAGGGUAUCUUCACCAUACCCAGGUUAUCUUCACCAUACCCAGGGUAUCGUCAUCAUACCCAGGUUAUCUUCACCAUACCCAGGUUAUCUUCACCAUACCCAGGUUAUCUUCACCAUACCCGGGGUAUCUUCACCAUACCCGGGGUAUCUUCACCAUACCCAGGGUAUCGUCAUCAUACCCAGGUUAUCUUCACCAAUCCGGGGUAUCUUCACCAUACCCAGGGUAUCGUCAUCAUACCCAGGUUAUCUUCACCAUACCCGGGGUAUCUUCACCAUACCCAGGGUAUCGUCAUCAUACCCAGGUUAUCUUCACCAUACCCGGGUUAUCUUCACCAUACCCAGGGUAUCGUCAUCAUACCCAGGUUAUCUUCACCAUACCCAGGGUAUCGUCAUCAUACCCAGGUUAUCUUCACCAUACCCGGGGUAUCGUCAUCAUACCCAGGGUAUCUUCACCAUACCUGGGGUAUCUUCACCAUACCCAGGGUAUCGUCAUCAUACCCAGGUUAUAUUCACCAUACCCAGGUUAUCUUCAUCAUACCAGGGUAUCUUCAACAUACCGGGGUAUAUUCAUCAUACCGGGGUAUCUUCAUCAUACCCAGGCUAUGUUCACCAUACCCAGGUUAUCUUCACCAUACCCAGGGUAUCUUCAACAUACCGGGGUAUAUUCAUCAUACCCAGGCUAUGUUCAUCAUACCCAGGGUAUCUUCACCAUACCCAGGGUAUCAUUAUCAUACCCAGGAUAUCUUCACCAUACCCAGGUUAUCUUCACCAUACCCAGGGUAUCAUGAUCAUACCAGGGUAUCUCCAUCAUACCCAGGUUAUCUUCAUUGUUUCUGUUUGUCUAUUUAGUUUAUUUCAUCUGUAGUGAACUAAACCUCCUAUCAUCUGUUUUAUUAUUAUGAUUAUUAUGAUUAUUAAUAAUAAUCAUAAUAAUUAUUAUUAUUAUUGAUUAUUAUUUCAUAUCUUAUUUCUAACUCUAACAUGUAAAGAUUAAAUUC